CUGCGGUCACUUCGUCGGAAGCUGCGCCUCAUAUAAGAGGCAGGACACGUUUGCGAACGUCAGUGCGCGUUGCUGUGUAACUUUCUCAUUAAACGUUUGUCGCUCGUGGUGUUUCGUGAUUCCUUCUCCGUUGCAUUUUUACCGGAUCCGAGUACAAGAUGUCAUCGCAAGAGCCGCUGGAGGUGGUGGCGGUGCACAUGUACGAGAAGGAGAACGCCGAGGCGCAUCAUACCUUCAAUUUCGAGAUGGUGCAUCAGGACAUAGCUAUUCCUAUCCUCCGACGCGGCCAACCCUUCAACGUCGCCCUGAGGUUCAACCGUGAAUACGUGGACGCGACCGACAUCGUGCGACUGCUCUUCAGCUUCGGCCCGAACCCGAACGUGCUGAGAGGGACCAGAGGUGUGAACACGGUUACCAACAGGGACGCUUAUCUCACCGACCUGGAGGCCUGGGGCGUCCGGAUGAUCGGCUCUCAUGGCAUGGAUCUCUCCAUCGAGGUCAGAAGCCCUAUCGACAGUCCCGUCGGAGUGUGGCAGUUGAAUGUGGAGACCAACACCCUUGGCAGAAAACAAGCGCCGAAUACCUAUAAUUACGAAAAGGAUAUCUAUCUGCUCUUCAACCCAUGGCUCAAAGAGGACUUAGUAUACCUGGAAGACGAACAACUACUCGACGAGUACAUUCUCAAUGACGUUGGGAAAAUCUGGGUGGGUCCAAUGGGUAGUUCUCGUGGUAGAGAAUGGAUCUUUGGACAAUUUGACGCGUGUGUGCUGCCUGCUUGCCAAAUGUUGCUUGAAAGAUCCGGUAUCAAAGCGAUUUCCAGGGGCGACCCGGUCCGGAUGGUUCGGGCGAUCUCGAGAAUCGUGAACUCCAACGACGACAAAGGCGUGAUAACCGGCCGCUGGGAUGGCGAAUAUAGUGAUGGUACCGCGCCGGCCGCUUGGACCGGCAGCGUGCCUAUCUUGGAGCAAUUCUGGGAGACCGGCCAGGAGGUGAAGUAUGGUCAAUGCUGGGUCUUCGCCGGGGUCGUCACCACAGUGUGCCGCGCCCUGGGCAUCCCCUCGAGGGUGGUGUCGAACCUGGUGUCGGCGCACGACGCCAACGCCUCGCUAUCGGUGGAUCGUUACUACGACAUCAACAACGAAGAGCUCGAGUACGACCCGAACAAUCUCGAAGGUGAGGACUCCAUCUGGAACUAUCACGUGUGGAACGACGUGUGGAUGGCGAGGCCGGACCUGCCCAAGGGUUACGGGGGUUGGCAAGCGAUCGACGCCACUCCUCAGGAGCCAUCGGACAGCUUCUACCAGUGCGGCCCAGCGUCAGUGGAGGCCAUCAGACAAGGCGCCGUUGGCUAUAACUACGACGUGACCUUCAUGAUAGCGUCCGUGAACGCAGACCUCAUGAGAUGGAAGGAAGACCCGGAGAGCGAGCUGGGAUACUCGAAAAUCGACUGCAACAAGUACCACAUCGGCCGUAUGAUCCUCACAAAGGCGCCAUGGAUCUUCGAUCCCAACGGCGACAAGGACAGGCAGGACAUCACGUCGAUCUACAAAGCCAAAGAAGGCACCGAGGGCGAGAGACUGACCUUGUACAGGGCAGUACGCAGCACCGAGAUGGCGAAGAGGUUCUACUCGUUGCCGUCGCCGGGUAAAGAGGACGUAGAGUUCGACCUCACCGAGCUCGAGCGUGUGAACAUCGGCGAGUCAUUCGCCGUGACCGUGAAUAUCAAGAACAAAUCUAGCGAGCGGCGCACCAUCCAGGCCAUCUUGUCCGCCGGCAGCGUUUAUUAUACCGGGGUCAAGGCGCACCUGGUGAAGAGAGCGUCCGGCGACUUUGUGCUUCAACCGAACGCUGUCGAACAAUUAAGACUCACGGUGACGGUGGAUGACUACUUGGACAAGUUAGUGGAGUACUGCAUCAUGAAGCUGUACUGCAUCGCCACAGUCAAGGAGACUCGUCAAACUUGGGCGGACGAGGACGAUUUCCAAGUUCUGAAACCGAAUAUCGACGUUAAGAUCGAAGGUGAACCGAUGGUCGGGAAGCCGUCGUCCAUCUCACUGAGCUUCAAGAAUCCCUUGAAGAAGACUCUGACCGACUGCAAGUUCAAUUACGCCGGGCCCGGUCUUAGCAGAAACAAGACUCUGGUGUUCCGAGACGUCGGGCCCCAGGAAGAUGUUUACGUGGAGCAUCAGCUCGUGCCCCAGAAAGCCGGGGAACAAAAGAUAAUCGCCACUUUCACCUCGAAGCAGCUGGUUGACAUCACCGGUUGCGCAACCGUUGACGUCCUUGAUGCCGAGUGAGCGCCUGGAUAUGUGAUUGGAGCGAAACUUCGAUUCUAAUUCGGAGCAAGCGCAUCCUGCUAGAAUCGUCAUUUUAUUCGGAUACCUUUACUGUUUAGUGUUAUAAUAACAUUACGAAUGUACAAGACAGAGUUCUUACACUAAGAAGACCGAGCGAGGUCUUUGGUCGCUCGCGUGUUAAGUCAGCGGCACACGAUGCUUGUUUUUGUGCUGAAUUGCUUGCUGGAUGAAAAUACUCAAUUUUGAUUGGUGCAUUUCCAUCUAUCUUUAGGAAUACACCAAUCAGAACAGAGUAUUUCCAUUCAGCAAGCAAUUCAGCACGAAAAAAAGCACCGUGUGCCGCGGGUUUUACAGACAUUAGAUUUAAUCUAAUCGGUCCUCUCUCAGGAUCAUCACAGUAUCGCCAGAUUCCUUUUCACAUUCGCAAGUUUAUAUUUUUCUAUAUAGCAUGUAAAACGAAAAAUAAAUGACAAAUAAAUAUA